CAAACAUAAAACAGAUAAAAAGAUAACCAAAUUUCCACCUAGAAAAGAACACAAAACCAAACUCCUCCUACAGUCUAGCCAGUUAUUGCAACUUCACAAAACCAUGUCAGUAGCACUACAUUCACUGUGUUGUGCUCACACCACCAGCAGCUCCACCUCCUCCUCAUUACCAACACAACAAAAAACCCAAACAACAAAUUUCACCAAUCUCUCAACAAAACCCAAAACACUACUCUUACAAAAAAUCCCCAUAUCAUCAGAUCAAGUCAAAGAGAAAAUCCUUUGUCUUGAAAUAAUGGGUGUUGAUUCAGGCAAGGCAUUAUCAGUGAACCCUUUUCUUCAUGAAGCAACACUUGACUCAAUCCAUCAGGUCAUUCGUUUUCUGCAAUCAAAAGGCAUUCAGCAAAAAGACAUGGGUAGGAUUUUCGGUAUGUGUCCUAGAAUUCUUACAUCCAACGUUAAGACUGAUUUAGCUCCUGUUUUUCAGUUCCUUUCACAUGAUCUCAAUGUCCCAAGCCAGAAUUACAGAAGGGUUAUUAAUAAGAACCCAAGAUUGCUUGUUUCAAGUGUUAGAGAUCAGCUUAAACCAACACUGUUUUAUCUGCAAAGACUUGGGUUUGAAGAUUUAGAAGCACUUGCUUAUCAGGACUCAAUCUUGUUAGUGUCUAGUGUGGAGAAUACAUUGCUGCCUAAAUUGGAUUACUUGCAAAGCAUUGGGUUUAGUAAAGAUGAUGUGAUUGGUAUGGUUUUAAGGUGUCCCAGUUUGCUUACAUUUAGUAUUGAGAAUAAUUACAAGCCGAAACUCGGAUAUUACAUGGAAGAAAUGGGAGGGAGUUUGGAAGAACUCAAGGAGUUUCCACAGUACUUUACUUUUAGUCUGGAGAAGAGAAUAAAGCCAAGGCAUAAGGAGAUUGUCAAGGCCAAUGCUUCUGGGAUUAGGAUUCCUUUGGGUUUGAUGCUUAAAAGUACCGAAGACGAGUUUAGGGAGUUGAUAGUAAGGUGUAAAAGUAAUGCUGGAUAACAAAGUUCAUGGUUUAAUUCAACCAACUUGCUGUAUAUGAUUGUUCUGUAGUAAUAUUUGAUCUUUAUUAAGAACAGAAACUCACCUAUUGUAUGUAGAAAAAAGGACUAGUUCAUACACAUUGCAUUAUCCUAAUUACAGGGUGUAGUUGAUUUGAAACUCGAGGUUAAAAUUCUUUGCAAUCGUCUGUGAUAACCCUGUAACCUCUGCAACGCCGAAAGUACCUUUCCAGUUAAAGGUCACCUUCGGUGCUGAAACAUCGUUUGUCCGUUGAACAAGGUUCCAUGCAUGCCUUCUGAACAAACUACUCUUCUUCUUUU